CAUGUCAGAAUGUGAAAACCACUCAAGUCCAGAAUGAACAAAAGUAAUCUGAUGGUGCAAGAAUUCAUCAUGAUUGGCUUCCCAGGAAUUCAGGACCGAUUCAGCAAAAAUAUUCUUUUUGGUGUCCUGCUUGUGGUGUAUCUCUGUAUCAUUCUUGGUAAUCUUCUCAUAAUGCUUGCUUUUCUAGCUGACCAGACCAUGCACACCCCCAUGUACCUGCUAAUAUUUAGCCUUGCUAUGUUAGAUUUGAUGAGCUCCACUACCACGGUUCCAAAUCUGUUUGUUGUUCUCACUUCAGACUUGGCUGUGAUUUCCAUCACCGACUGUUUCAUUCAAAUGUUCUUCUUUGGAGUACUGAAGGCAGCUGAGGCCUUUCUACUGGGCCUCAUGGCUUAUGACCGGUAUAUAGCCAUCUGUAGGCCUCUACACUAUUUCUCAAUUAUAAAUAACAAUCUGGUUUUGAAACUAAUCAUUUGCUGUUGGGCCAUUGCCUUCGUCCUUGUUGCCAUUCCCACUAUUGUAGCCUUCAAACUGCCAUUCUGUGGCCCCAACAAACUUGCCCAUUUCUUUUGUGAGCAUUCCACAGUGGUAAAGUUAGCUUGUGGCUAUGACCUCAUCGUCUCUUAUGCUAGCAUCACUUUAGGUCUUAGUGUGAAAUUAGGACCUUUGUUUUACAUCGUUUAUUCCUAUGUAAGGAUUCUCAAGUCAGUUUUCAAAAUUGAGAGCUCACAUGGGCGACUCAAAGCUCUGUCUACUUGCACCUCACACCUGAUGGUCAUUUUUGUCUUCUAUUUGGUAGGUACAGGUGUCGUAAUUACAAAUUCAGUUCCUGGCAGCUCUGAAGAUGUGCGCAUCAUGGCAGCCCUCCUCUAUAAUGUGAUGCCACCUUUAAUUAAUCCAAUAAUCUACUCCUUGAAGACUACAGAGAUGCAGGCCCAUUUUGUGAAGUUGAUAAAAACGAAAAACACACCUCAGAGACAUUAAACCGUGGCCGAAACACGUGAAUCUGACUUUCAUAGA